AUGAAAGGCAAUCAAGAUGUCUAUAAUUCUUUUGUUCUAUGGACACCUACAGUCGAUGAUAUCGAUUUCAAUGUUCCAGCCGCCGGAAUACAUCAGCUGGCAUGGGAACAUAGUUCAAAUAAUACAAGUCUCAAUUCAUCAAGCACAAAACUUGAGGCGUGGUCAAGGGGAUUCCAUAUCAUAUCGCCGGUCUCCUCAAGCACCUCAUCUCCCACCCCAUCAUCGACCUCAUCAACUUCAACAGCUUUUACAACCUCAAUAACCUCAAUAACCUUAGCAACCUCAGCAAUCUCAACAGUUGCAACCACCUCCACCACCCCGAUAACCUCAACCAUCUCCCAAGAACCCGCCAAACAAAGCGCCUUCCCAGCCGGACCUAGCAGCGUCCUUACCAUCGGGCUAGUAGUCGGAAUUGGAAUCCUCCUCAUAAUAUUAUUCGCCGCUUCAUUCUGGGGAUUACGAAAAUAUCGUUGGGCAAAGAAAAACUCAUCCCUCAAACUACUAUCAACACCCCCCGACUCACCAUCAUCACCAAAUUCAGAAAUGUCUUACAACUCCCCAUCCACCUGGAUACUUAAUUCAAUACCCCAUGAAUACUACGCUACACCUACAAACUCAGCACAUGGCCCGACACCACACGACUACUAUUCUCCAUCUACAAAUCCACCACCUGGCUCAAUGCCCACUCCAACACAACACGAAUACUACGCCUCUCCUACAAUUUCCUCACCCGACUCCUCACCGCGUGAAUACUACGCUCCGCCCACAAACUUAGAACCAGUAGCUCGCGCUGAAUUACAUUCAUACCCUGUUCCGUAUCCGAUUCCCGCGCCGGCGCGUGAUAGGUCUAUGGAUAAGUUUCUACCAGGAGAUGUAAAACCAGCUGAAUUACCGGAUAAUGUUAAGCGAGUUGAGAUGUAA